AUGACAGUAAUGACAUUAGUAAACGAUAUUAACCGCAAUGCUAAUCCAAAUAGCAUCAGCAGAAGUAGCAGAAUCGGAGGUAGGAGGAGAGCAGGAGGAGGAGGAGCAGGAGGAGGUGUAGGAGGAGGAGGAGGAGCAGGAGGAAGGAUAAGAGGAGAAAUGACCUGGAGAGGAGGGAUAGGAAGGGGAGGGGGGAUUGCUGAGGUGGCCGGUAAGGGGAGGACGGGAGGUGGGGAUAGUGGAUUAGAUGGUCCGUCCGCUAAAGCAACCAGAGAUAUGUUCCUGCCGUAUAUUCCACAGCAUAUCAUAAAGAAGAAGCAGAGACACAUGGACCACCGUCCCACUACCUUACUCCCCCACCCCCUUUCCCUCCUCCCCCCUUCCUCCUCAACCCCUUUCCACCCCACUUCAAUAUUCGGGCUCAAAAAUCCCUUGGGCGGGAGAGAUAAGCGCUUUCCAUCACCACCGUUGCCAAUUGCUCAUUGCCUCGACACUUCAUCUGAGAACUCGGACUUGCUUCUAUAUAUCUAA